AUGGAUGCCAUGAGCGCAGAGAGCAACGAGGAAGUAGAUAAUUACGUCUCAGCACAAUACCUCCACCUUAUCAUACUUUCUGGCAUGUACACGAGGCUGGAUAGGAGCCAUCGUCUUUUUACUUUUGUGCAGCUCCUGAUAUACCUUUGCAUCCUCGUAUUUCACUACAUCACCAUCGGAUUGGCUACUUUACAAUUGAUGGAAGUCAGCCUCGUAACGUUCGGAGAAGCCGUGCACUUCUGCCUCCUCAUACAGCUCGUUAUCAUUCUCAUAGUAUUCAUACAAACGAAACACAACAGCAUAGCCUUGUUUCAUCGAGCAAUGGCGGAAAACUUCUUCGACUACUCCGAGAACUAUGAAGGCAUAAAAGAGAGGCUAAAGCAAGAAAUACGGAAGGAGCGGCGUUUUCUGGUUAUGAUACCAAUACUGGUUGGAUUGGCCGUCGUAGCGAUCAUGGUGCUGACACCUCAAGUGGAUAAGUACGGAACCUUCGACUUCAGCAAGAUCUCCAGCGAUUUCAACCAACAUUUGCCCUUUCCUUAUAUGGUUUACCCUUACCAGAACGAGCAAGGCUUUGGUUACUACGCUUCAGUCAUACUACAACUGGUUGUUGCCACUUUAACAGGAGGUUCCAUAGGGGUAGGUGGCUUGGCCUAUAUAGUGAUGUCGCAAAACCUCUGGAUGCAGAUGGAAAUCUUGUAUGAUUCGUUACAACACAUAGAAGAACGAACCGAAAUCUUGCUAUCCAGAAAAAUUUCAGACAUCAUCAGAUCUUGA